UGUGUAUCGACCAAUCACAUGCGCGGAUUUUUUGAUCCGUAAUUAUGCAUUCUUGCAAUCGUUUACGGUGGCUGUGGAUAUACGUCCUGUGAUAGACUUGUUCUUUAAGUCAAAUUGUCUCGCCAGGUUGAAAAAGGUUAUUUGUCAUUCGAAUCGAAUUGAGUUAUCCCGUUUAAGAGUCGAAGAGUUCUCCGAUGGUAUAGGGUGGCGAAAAACUGCUAACAAACAUGGAGGACAUACGAACGAAGCAAGAAGAACGCGAGUAUUUGCGAAGACUGAUUACUGAAUGGAACGCUAGCCGUUUGGAUAUCUUCGAGAUUAGCGAGCCCAAUGAAGUAAGUUUGUUGUUAUGAUGCUCACUGGCUUCAAAACAGUGCAGUUUGGUGAAUUUUGUAUCAUUUCCUUGCUCUCUUAAAGAUGUUAUUCUAGGGUUUGAUGUUUGUCUUUACACUGUUAAGUUUUGAGGUGUUUAUUUCACAGGAGUUAGAGUACCGCGGCGUGAUGCGGUUUUUCUUCCAAGAUGCUGGAGCAAAGAUGGCCACCAAGUGUAUCCGCGUAACUAGCUUGGAAACAGCGGAUGAUGUAACACGAACGCUGGUGGAGAAAUUUCGCCCGGAUAUGAAAAUGCUCACAAAUCCAAACUAUUCCCUGUAUGAAGUUCACCCGAAUGGAGGUAAGCUUGGACAUCGAGAAGCCUUCCAAAUGAGCUCCUUUGCACUGGUUUAGAUAUCCUUAGUGACGUUGCUCGAUUUAUUACAGCUUUGGUAGACUUUUGAGAUAAAUAAAAUGCUAAUAAUUUAUUCAUUUUUUAAUUUACACGAGCGCUUUUUGUCUUUUGGACACUUGGUUUCGCGACCUUGCUACAAAUGGUCUUACUUUUCGGUUAUGUAAAAUCAUUCGCACUAUUUCAAAUUUGCUGGAAUCUUGUAGCACCAUCUUGUAAGCCAACCCUCUUGUGUUUCUGCAAUUGGCGAAGAAAACUUCGAACACAGCUUGGUGGCAUUGAACAAUUAACGCCCAGUUAAACGUUAUGUGUAAUUUUUAAUACGGACCCGUUCUCGUGAUACGAGGAAGGUUAAGUUGUAGAUUUCGUCUGUUUCGUCAGUGUCCUGUUUAUGCGGCAAUUGGCUAAAAAAUAAUUAUCGCCUUAAGGAUAUCUCACUUCUUUUAAACUCCACAUUCAUAAGUGCACAUUUUUCGUCGUUUUAAAUUCAACUCGUUAAAGAUCUCUGAUCAACCACAGUGUUAAAAUUCUCAGUCACUUUAUUUCUCGUCUCAUAUUUCCGUUGAGAAAUUUCUGGCAUUCUUCACGAAGUCGAUCAUGUGUUCGAAAACUUUUCACGCUAUUCCAGAAUUAAUCACUGAGAUUUUUGGCGGUUAUUUUAGAUGCUAUUAGUUUGAGAGAUAGCUUUUCUAUAUUACAGUGUUGUACGUGUUAUUUGUAAGAAGUCGGUGGCGAUAUUUUUUGUUCAACGCGAUCCGGUAUUCGCCCCGUAUCAUCGAUAGUGGCCAUCUUAGAAUUUGAAACAAAAAUAGUGAUAAUAAAUAUUUAGUUUUUGUUAUUUGGCGUACUCCUUCUUUUACUGAACUUUGGAGGGGUCAAAGAAUUUUCAAGACACUCAAAAACAUAUACCAGUAGUUUCCUUGUUGAUCUAAAUGACCAUGGCAAGAAAAUAUGUACAGUAAACAAGUGGGACUUACAAGUUUGCUGGUGACAAUCAGGUACACUCGAUAAUGCAGACAGUUUGUCUGAUGGCACAAAACACACUUGUUUUGUAGUCUUCUUAUUGGAUUAUCCAUAUUAUACUGUAUCACUUUCUGAACUGCCGUAAAUUUUAAAAUUUGAUAUUGAGGCUUAACCUUUUUAGCCACAAACAUAAGAAUAAUUACUUCAAGGGUCAAUUUUGUGCUAAUUUGACAAAUGUUCUUAAUUUGGAGCCCUACACCUGUAUGUAACAAUUAAUUGAAAUUCUCAUCUGUGCUCAUAAAUUGAUUACUUACAACAUUUGGGUACCACUUGUCAUUAUGUUGAACACUGUUUUUGGAUUUGUUGGUUUAAUAAUAAACUGUCCACCUUCCUUUCAUGAUGAAUUUUAUUGCAAGUUACAAUAAGAUUGUCUUAUGAUGAGUAGAGUUAAUUACUUUUUUUGUUCAUCUUGAUCUUUAGCCCUAUGGUUUGCUCAGGCCAUGAAACCUCUGUGUUUAUUGACUAUUUCUGUCAAAAGAGCUAAUAAUAAUACGAACUUAUUUGCAGAUUCCAGAAAACUUCAAGAUGAUGACAGGCCUUUGGCUGUUCAGCUGUUAUGGCAAGAGGAUGACAGGGAGGGUCGAUUUUUGUUGAAAAGUGAUUCAGAAGCCCUGGUUGCUACAAACGUUUUUAAGAAUGAUGAAAAUGAUCCCGGUCAAAGUUUUAAAAGGAAAUUGUCAAAGAGAGAGAAAAAGGAAAUGAAAAAGAAGAGAGUGGAGGAAGCCAAAAAAGCUAAAUUACUGGGUCCUUCGUCCCCAACUAAAUCAUCUGACGACUCUGCAAUUGCACAAACACUUUACAAUGAACUUCCUGAAAGUGGCUUCACUCGGAGUAUUUCUAACCCAGAAAUUGUCAUGAAAAUGCGCCGUGAAAGAAAACUGCAACGUAGGCUUCAAGAAUUCCAGAACAGUGAAGGAGGUGCUGAUAGUGGUGGAACACUUAAAAUUUUUGCUGAAACUCUUAAGCCUGAGAUUCCAUACAAAACUCUCCUUGUUUCAAUGCGUGAUCCCACUACUCAUGUUGUGAAAGAGGCUUUGGAGAAAUACCAGCUGGAGAAAGAAAAUCCUGAAGAAUAUUGCCUGGUUAUGGUAAAUAUUCCACCUGGGGGUCCUAAUGGCACUAACACACUAGGCAAAGAAAGGCUUGUUCAUGAUGAAGAUCAGCCACUUGCUAUUGCUGCUACAUGGCCCAAAAACCAGGGUCAUGUUGUUUUCCAUUUGCGUCGCAGGGCAAACUUGCCCCAAUAUAGAAAACAAAAGAGAAGGUCAAAAUCUCCAUCUAGGGUACCCUUGGAUAACACGUCACCAGAAAAAACAAUCGGUGAAAGACUUGCAAACUCAGGAUACCCUGAGCAUCUACUGCCUUAUUUGAGAGAGGUAGCAUCUGAUGGUCGUGAGAUCAACAGACCCAAUAUACACCGGCUGCCAAUGGAGGUUACAGAGGUUGGCAGUGAGAAAUCCAUGUUGUCAGGAGGUAGUUGUCUAGAGAUUUAUGCACCUGAAGUGCUUCCGCGCCAUUGCGUGAUAACCAACAUGGACGGCAUUGUUUCUGUUACACCAGCUUCAGGUGACGCAGAAGUUUAUGUGGAUGGCAAGAGAAUUUAUGAGUCGACAAAGCUUGAUCAUGGUAGCAUGGUUAAGUUUGGCCGGCUUCACACUUUUAAGUUUGGAGACCCAGCCUUUGAGGAGACUCCUAAACCUAGAUCACCAGCUUCUGAUGGUGGAAGUCUCAGCAGUGGACAUAGUGACUCUGAUUUACAGAGAAGAAGAGAUCCCAGGUACAGUAUUCAGUUACCUUAAAUCCUCUGUUAAGCUUCCUGGGGGGCUUAUUUUUUCAAGCACUUUUGAGGGGGCGCUUAAUAGAGAACGGGGCUUAUUUAAUUUAGCCAAACACAUCAAGGGGAGCAAGGUUUCUCUGGUUCCUGGGCAUUAUACUGCUUUUUCUAACAAUAAGAAAAUAGUAAUAAUUCUCCACAGAGAACUAGAGCGUAAAGUUGAAAAAUUUAAAGCACAUGAAGUUGGAGGUCAUGUAGCUGAAGAAAACAAUAUGAAUUUCCAGCCUGAAUAAACCAUAACUGAUCAGUACAUGUUGUUUGUGAAGAGUAAGGAUGGAGCGGUGGGGGAGGGGGGGCUUAUUAACUUUCCUCCUCUAAAAAGAGAGGGGGUGGGGGCUUUUUUGAGAGGGGGGCUUAACAGAGGAUUUACAGUAAAUGUAUUUUUAAAGGUAACAUUUGCCUUAGACUAAAGCAUUCUUAAUGGCUGAUCUGUUUCUCUUAAAGAGUUCAAGGCCAAAAAUGCUAACUAAAACAUGAUGAAGACAAAAGUCAGGUUUUAUAACUACAUAUAUGCCAACUCUCCCAGAUACAGCACAAUCUAGCAGUCUUCUGCAUGGGUCACCAAAUGUGCCGGAUAAAAUCCCAACUUGCUUUUCUGCAUGUACUAAAGUUUGUAAUUUUGCAUAAAUUUCUCCAGAAUUGAAAGACGUUUUGAUUUUAAAGUACAGAUUGUAUGUGGUAACUGAUUUACUUUAUAAGCUUUAAUGUUGGACAUGGGAGACAAUAUAUAUGUUGUUUGGUUUCAUUGCUGCAUUAUUGUUAUGUUCAUUGUUGUUACUCAGGUCUGGACCAGGAGGAGUAAACAGAGGAUAUGAACAGAAUAAGAUGGUCAGAAACAACAGUGAAUCAGGCAUGUUUGAGACAACAUUUGGUGUUGAUGGGGAAGUUGAGACUUACACAAAUGAGAAACCGGUGAGUGCCUAUUGAAAAACAUUUCUUUUUGAAACACAGAGAGGCAGGAACUAUACUUCACUUGAGCUUCUUGAGCUAACAGAUGCAUACAAUGUUAUUGAGAAGAAUGCAAGGGUAACUUAGGUUUUACAGUGGAACCUGGUUUAUAUGGAUAAAGAGGGGACAUACCAUAGUGUCAGUAUUAACCGGGAGUAUUAACCGGGCUCUGAGAAAAAAUGGCACAGACACGUGUUUUAUCGAUAUGAAGACGAAAGUCGACAUUUUCACAAGAAAACUUUGUUUAAUUUUCUUAAAUGUAACUGUAGCGAGUCCCAUCCUAAAUAAACCCUAUGAUCUUUUAACACUAGUAUUGCACUAAACUGUCAAGUCAGUGUUCUUAGCUUAUUUAACUUAAGAAUAAGAUAUAGGAAUCCAUAACUUAACUUUGUACUGAUGGCUUAAGUUUGUGACUCUAUCAGUUGGACUAAAUAUUAGACAGAACCUUUGAAAUUCAUCAUUUGCUGUUUUUAUUUAGGCUUACACUGCAGGUGAGAUAUUCAUUUGUAGGCAGUGCGCAGAUGAAUAGUGUCCUUAAAGCAGGGUUGAUGAUGUAUGGGAGUUUGUGACUUGGGAUACAGAAGAGUGUCCGUUGUCCAUUAUAUCAACUGGUGCCCGUAUUAAGCGCAAAUUUUAGAAAAAAGAUAUGAGCUUUUUGUAGCUAGGGACAAGUGAAACUGUGUCUUAAUUAUACGGGUGUUUGUAUUCAGCAGGUGUCCAUACAGCGGGGUUCCACUGUACUUCUUUAAAUUAAUUUAAUGCAAAUACAUAGAUCUGCCCCUUAGAUGUUGGUUUUGAUUUCUUAGGGUAUUUUCUAAUCUCAGUUUGUCCUUGAUCUGUAGCCAUAUGAACGCCAGACACCCCCUGACUCCCCAGAUGAUGGCAUGGGUGACAGGCUUCCAGCUAGGUUGGAGUUCCGAGAAUCAGGAGAAGAUGCCUUCUUUGCUGCUGUCAUUAGUGAGGUCAAUGGCGACAGAGUUCAUUUUAAGCUUGCGCCAACAUAUACCCUGUAUAUGUGCUGCCGUUAUCGUACAUCACCUGCCUAUCGGGAAGAGUUAACGAGUUACCAGCGCAAUGACCGACUCAGUCUUACUGUUCAGAAGAUUGCCAACAUGGUGCGCUCCACAGUUGAGGUAACUUUUUUAAGUUAACUUUUUGAGAUGAUUUAUAAUCCUAGUUCUUUUUUACUGACCCUUGCCAUGGUAACAUCAAAGAAAGGCAAGUAUGACAGCUAAAAAUUGUCUGAUAAUAUUUCAGUUAAAUUCUACUGCAAAAUGAAACAAAAGAUCUCACCUUUCAUACUUUAACGACUGCUACAGAGAUGGCAUGCUUGACAGGCUCUUUCAUGAACUUUCUGGUUUUCGGGCUUCAAUUCAUUUGAGCUGACCCUGCUGUAGGUAAUACCUACAUGUAUGGAUUUUCAGUAUAAUUUCAGUGUAAAAUAGAGUUUCUCUUCCUUUAUCUUACCUGCAGGAAAAUAGUCAGCUUCCUGGAAGCCUGGCAUUUUGGUUGGCAAAUUCAUCAGAACUUCUACAUUUCUUGAAGCAAGAUAUUGAUGUAUCACCAUGCCUAAAAGACAGCCAUCAGAUACUAGCUCAGUCAGUUCAAAAGGCAUUCAGGCACCUUGUUCAGUGUGUGGAACAAGAACUGCGGACGCUGAUGUCGGCAUUCCUGGACGUCACAGACGAUGCUGAUAUGGAAGACAGUGAUGGUGAGUCCAUGAUGGAUUUAGAGUCUCCAGAUAGCAUGAUAGCAGGUGAACGGAGUUUCAGAUAUGGACCAUCUGGGAGGCCCCUUGGUGGGGAUAGCUGGCUUGGUAAGCUAAUAUUGUAAUUCACUUAUUCAUUCAGGUGGCCUUAUAUAGCUGAGCUAUUCACCUGGCCACCCAGUCCACUCUGUUGUUCAUGCAGACUGUGAGUUUGCUGGUGGAUGCCACCUCAGACUCCUUGUAAUACAAUAAAUAAACAAAUUACCUGUAUUUUACCAGUGACAGUGUUUUAUGGUGGUCAUUAGCAUUUGGGGAAAUGCUCAUCAGUAUUCAAAACAAAUAAUUAAUUCAAAUGAAACAUGAGAAAAUUUGAUCCAUUUUGUUACAGCUCUGAUCACCAUUAACACCUUGCAUCUAGCCAAACAAAAAAUAAAAAAUGUAAAUUUUCUCCCAAUAUCCAUACCAAAUCAAAUUUUGUAAUUUGUUAAUUUUCACCCAAUAUCCAUACCAAAUCAAGGUAAAAAGGUCAUGACAGUUGACAAAUGAUCACAAAUUCUCUCAACUAAUUGUUGCGGAAAUGUAUAGAGAUCAGUCUGGAGAAUUUGUAUGUGGAUACUGGGGCUUAAAGGGUUUAUAAGAAUGGACAGGGAAGUUGAAGUUGAGACUACUGGUAUACAUGUACCAUUCAACAACUUCAGGGGAGGUACAUGAAGUAGUUGGUGUAGGGCUUUAAGCCCAGGACAUGUUGAUCAUAAAAUUAAUGUAGUUGCAAGUUAGUUGAGGGGAAUUUGAAAUAAAAUAAGCUGAAGCAGGAAUCUUUCUUUUAUAGUAAUUCUGUUGCAGGUAAAAUUUCAGCUUUGAAGAUUCUUGUGUCAGAAACUUUAUCUUCACAAAUAAUACUGUAUAUUUCAGGUGGACGAAGACGCCAUGGCAGGCCAACAUUGUCAGACAUCCUGUUUACCCUUUCUUCAGCAAUGUCCUUGUUACGUCGCUGCAGAGUGAAUGCUGCUCUGACCAUUCAAGUGUUCUCGCAGCUAUUCCAUUACAUUAACAUGUGGAUAUUUAACAAGCUGGUACUGCAACCACAGCUGGGUCUCUGCACCAGGGACUGGGGACACAGGUUGAGAAGGAGACUGGGACGGGUGGAGUCCUGGGCACAGAAACAGGGCCUGGAGCUGGCAGCUGACUCUCACUUAUGUCGAGUAGUACAGGUGAGGAUUUGGGAUCUAUCAUUCCCAUGCUGCACUGCAAAUGACAUUUAGUAAUUGCUCCAGUGAGUUUUAGUGAUUUCCGAGCUUGAGAGGUCAGUAAAGCAAAAGGGAAUUCCUGUGAUGAUAAAGCUGGGCCAGUGUUUGAAAAAAAAAAACUUGAAUUCCAGCUUACAUUUUGCUUGCCUAGUGCAACUUCUUUUCCCACUUUGGUUAUGAUUUAGUUUGAAGAUGACUUACUUGGAUCCUUGCCAAUUUGGCGAGUGAGCUUGAAAGGUUACUUGCCCAGCAAGAAAUCUGCUUGUCCUGGAUCACUACCGGUUGGGUCUCUUUCCUUGCCCUGUGGGGGCAUGGAGAAAAACUGUGGAUGAGAAAUCAACUAUAAAUGGAAUGAAGCAUUGUUGGAUAAACCCAGGGACCACCUUACAGAGUUUGUAUAACUGAUUUCAGGGGCAGAUCCAGGAUUUUUCUUUGGAAGGGGUGCACCAUCAAGAAAUGGUGUAACUGACUGGUGAUGGAAACAAAAUAAUUUUAAAAGUGAAUACAAAGAAGAAUGCUUUUGACUCAGCAAUAACGUGAUGUGAACUGCUGAGAAUACAUACCAUACAUAUCUGCAUAUUUUGCAGAAUGCCAGUUGUCAAGAGCCCUCUCAGGGUGGGGAGGGGGUGCACACACCCCCUCCCCGCACCAUCCCCCUAGAUCCAACCCUGGAUUUGGAAUAUUUAGUGUACUAGGAUUAUCAUUAGAACUAUGGAGCACGGAUAUGUCAGCACUUCCUUGAAUCUCCAGACCGGUUUGAUUACCGUAUUAAGAUACAUGUACUAGUAUAGCUAGACUAUCCAAAAGUAAAGUUUUAAAAUGUGUUAUAAAUUUUUUAUUUUAGGCAGCCUAUCUGCUCCAGGCUCCUAAGAACUCUCAGAAUGAUCUCAACUCCAUAUCAUCAGCUUGUUACAAACUCAACUCAGUGCAACUUCGUGCACUUUUAGAAAACUAUCGCCCUGCCCCAGAUGAGUUGGACAUUCUGAGGUAAUGUAAAACUUAUUAUUAAAUAAACAGUUCAUGACUUCAUCAUAGUUAGAUUACCACUGCAAAAUAAUUUGUUGUGUUUAAUAAACAAGGGUCACCCAAAUUGCAAGUUUAUGAACUGCUUCAAGAACAUAACCUUAAAGGAUCUUAUCAUUCUCACUAUGGUUUUUGCAUAGUCUUUUUAAUUUUUUAGCCAUAAAAUUGGUGAAUGUCCUAAGAGUAUACAGAGAUUAAGCGUCAUGAAAAUUAUAAAGUUUAUUGCAUGAAGAAUUUGUGUUUUAAAUAUGACGCUGGGAUGUCUUCAAGGCACAUACUAAGUUGUUGGGUAUUACUUUUUGGUACUACUUAGCAUUAAUACACAGAAAGAUUACGAACUUUAUAUUUUGUUCCUUGCUCUUAACAUAAUUUAUACAAGUGGAUGCAAGGGAGGACUGAUAUGUAUUUCCUCUUUUACAUGAAAGGCUUUGCUUGGAUACCUCUUGAUAUGUAUAUAUGUAUUAUGAUAUUUCUCUUUAGGGAUUUGAUUGACAGUGUUGUGGCUAUUGCUGAAAACACAGCAGAUGAGCUCAUCCGCAACCAAGGGCAAGAAGUGAUACUUGAAGAGGACCCUCAACUGCAGCUCCCAUUCUUGCUUCCUGAGGAUAGGUACUCUUGUGAAGUGAUCCGUGGGGUACCCCCUGGUCUGAAGGAGUUUUUGAACCCUCUAGCAGGAAUAGGUCAGUUGGUAUUAUAUUUGAAAAUGAUUAUAAUUGUUUCAUUAACAAUGGCAUCGCAAAGUGGAGGUGGGUGUCCAGGGGCUUCCACUUUUUAUGGCUGGUAAACCCAUGCCUUCCAGCCAUGAGCCCUCACACCAAUGGAACCAGGCACCUGUCACUCUGAUAUAUCAGGGGAAAAUAUAAAAGGGGGGUGGUGAGGGGUGGGGGAGAAAGAACAAUCCAAAAGCUAAAUGAAGUGAUUAGGUGCCAUGAAAGUGUUGUACUAAGCACAUGGAGUUGAUGCAAGCAAGGGUAACUGCACUUGUGCCACCACACUGAGUGCCGACCAACAACAUGAGACAGUGCUCCCUGUUGUUAACUGCCUUAAAUUGCAUUAACUUCAUCAAAACACUGGCACCUGAUGAGAAAAAAAUAUUAAUUUUCACUGGCUGUAGCAAAUUUUCAACCAAUGCUCCUUUCUCAGACAUCAUCUUGCAGGGAAACCAAUGGUAGAGUCCCAAAAUGUCAGCUGUUUUCUCAGGUUAUUUGAAAUGUUGAAUUGUGCAGUUCAGCAGAUAAGAUUGUCCCUUUUGAUUGUUUUGUUGUUCACUAAUAAGUUGUCUAUGUCAUUUCAGGUCUUUGCAGACUGACUAUUCAGCCAUCUUCCUCUGGAUUAUGGACUGUAUAUCAUAUGAGCGACAAAGACACUGGUGAGAUAUACAUAUUGAAGUAUUUUAAUUUCUGUUUAGGCGCCAUGACCUACAUGGGCUACAAUGCAAGUAUGUCAUCAAAUAUGAAGCAGGUUCGGCACUUAUCAGCAGCAACUUUGCAAUUACAUGUACAUGUUUUGGUUCAAUUUUAUCCUUGGUUUAAAUUUUAUUUCCUUUGUUUCAGACUCAUUAACAUACAUUACGGUACCCCAAAACAAAGGAAAAUAAAAUUUAAACCAAUGGUAAAAUUGAACCACAACAUACACAAGAGAAUUCAUUACUGUAAAGGUUACGUGCUUGUGGAAAAAGGAUAUUCUCUUUGUAAUGUUUGAGCUUUGCAGUCCAGUUCAGGACAAUAAUUAUUGAGUAUACACAACAGGACAGCGGAAAGAAGAGGAUGGCAAAACUUUUGUGUGUGACAAACGUGACAGGGCUAUCACUUGCAUGCCUUGUCGUUAUGUGCACUUACAUUAAUGUUUUUUGGUCUUUGACAAAAAUAUCUGCUUAAAGGAAGGUGAAGUUUAGGAGAAAGUUUUUUUUCAAACAUAAAUAUUGUCACGCAUGUCACGCAAGGUUUGCCGUCCUGUCCUGUUGCAUAAGUUCACUAAUAAUAAGCAAAGGCUGUAAGUGACUAAUUUAUAAUUUAGAACUGCGUAAUCGGUUCAUUGGCAUUAAUUAUUCCCCCCCCCCCCCCCCCCCCUAAAUAUAGUAAAUGUUGAAGUGACACACUCGAUUACCAUUGCGUGACAAUAUUUUUCUUUUUUGUCAGUUGACGGCAUGGCCCAGAGGUUACCCCAGGUAAAUACUUGCAUUAACGUUUUCUUCAUUUCUAGUGUGAUGAGAAUAAUGAUAUAAUUUGCACGUGGCUUUUUUUGGAAACCUUAAUUUUUAAUGUUCAGUUUGUCCUAACUUCCUUCCCAGACUCCUGAUAUCGUAGACGUCUCUUUCUACAAAGGGCAAGGAGGCAUGGGCCUUAGUAUUGUUGCAGCAAAGGUAAGAUAAAUAUUUCUCUAUUUCUAAGACCAACACUGCUGAAGAGAAAAUCAGGAAGAAAAGUUUUUCAGGUGUAAUGAGAAUGAACGAGUAGCAUAGAAAAUUUCAAGAACUGGUUUAUUGAUUUAAUGAGUUAUUAUAAUUAUGAAUUUAAAACAUGAUCAUAGACCAAGUUUUUGCUCAGAAGUAGAUGAACUUCUGGGUUGACUCUUGGCCAUUAAUUUUUGUCAGGGAGUUGAUCAGGACAAGCUUGGAAUCUACAUCAAACAGGUUGUGAAAGACGGACCUGCCGCAAAGGUUAGUUAGACACUUGAUGAUUCCAUUUCCAUUAGGCGUAUUGCGCAUGCGUUGAAAAUAGCUGCACCACUUCCAUUUCACUUCCAUGCACGUGAACAAUCAGAUGAUACGUUACUCUGGCCAAUCACAGUAGAAGCAGGUAAUCCUGUGAGCCAGUCGGACGUCGAAAACAAUCAACCGGUGUGACGGAGAGAAAAGGCGUGCGAGCAAGGUGCUAUGUUUAUUUAGCUUGUCUUCUGAUUGGCUGAGAAAGUGACAUGAGAAUUUUUUAGCCACCUAUAUAGCGUCAGGAGACAGACACUAGAUUUUUUGGUCAUGUUCCAAGACAUGAAAAGGUGUAAAAAGAGCUUUCAAAGUUUUCUCUGAAGCGAUGGAGAUGCUCAGGGAGACCAACAGAGAGUGGCGGUUUUAACGGCCGAGUUAACUUUCGCAAAGACAUAGCGCAAAACAGACAAUUGUAUUGCGCUUCUUUGAGAUUUGCCACUCUGAGGAGAGUAUGCUAUAAUGAUGGUAAAUUAUAGCAUCGCGUUGUAAAACCAGAGGAAUUGUACAAUAACAUUUGACACUAACACAACCGUUCUUAUUCUAAAGUCCACUCAAUUCUUGUUAUUUGUUGUGUAGGAUGGACGCCUGCAAGCUGGUGAUCAACUUUUAGCAGUGAAUGGUGAGAGUUUAGUAGGCGUCCCACAAGAGAGGUUAGUAGUCUCACGUCUUGGUACAUUUUCUGGGUUAUGAUCUCAAAUUCCGGAUACAAGAAAGAAGCAACAUGUAUAUAAGUUUUUCUCCAGAAGGUCCUUGGGAAAGUAUGUUUCUUCGUAAAGUACAAACUGACAAACUGGUCAAUAAGUUCUGAAAAGUUGGUGUUAAGACAGUACAGUGGAACCCCGUCUUAUGACCACGUUGUUUAUGCGACCACCUCGUUAUUACGACCAUACUUUUUCGACCCAAACGUAAAAAUCACAGAGUCAUUUUAUUAUCAUGAAACCCCGUUUAUGCGACCACCUUGGUAUUACAGUGGAACCUCGUUAAUGCGACCACUGUUGGGCCAUAAAAUCCUGUUCGUAAUACCAAGGUGGUCGCAUAAACGUGGUUUCAUAAUAAUAAAAUGACUCUGUGAUUUUUACGUUUGGGUCGAAAAAAUAUGGUCGUAAUAACGAGGUGGUCGCCUAAACAACGUGGUCGUAAGACGGGGUUCCACUGUACGACCAGGAUUUUAUGGCCCAACAGUGGUCGCAUUAACGAGGUUCCACUGUACCAGAAAGGAGCUGGGUCAUUAUUUUUUUAUUUCCCUAAAUGAACGGGUUAUGCUAGUUUGAGCCUUAAAAAUUUCUAACAAAAUUAAUAAAGUCAAGUUCCUUUUUCUUCGGUAUUAAAAUGUGGUCUGAAAUGUUUAACAGACAUCCAUAAAUUAAGCUUCCUAUGCACGCAUUCUUUUGUCACCUAGCGCAAUAAUCUUCUCUAUCGUUUGGGAGAAUCGUUGGGUGACAUACCGAAAGAACGUCAGGGUAUUAAAGAAGCUGCCCUUAUAACGGCGGUAGUCCAGAUUUUACAAAUUCUCACAACUUUUUCAAUUGGAAAUGUGAGCUAAGUAGUAAGGAGAAUUUAACGUUUGACAUGUGUGUUUCUUGUAGGGCCGCCGAGCUGAUGGUGAAAUCAGGAGCUACUGUAACUUUGCGGAUAGCCAAGCAGGGCGCCAUAUAUCAUGGCCUGGCUACCUUGCUCAGUCAGCCAUCACCCAUGGUUACCAGAGGUAUCUUAACAGCAUAGGUUCUGUUAACACUCUUUUGUAGAGCCUAAUUUUACAUACAAUUGUCCGAAUAAUCUCAAUCGCCCAAAGCCACAAAACACUGCAUGAACGAACAUUAGCAUCUAUUUCACCUUAUGUCUCGCAUUAAGUUUAUCUGGGAGCCCGCCAUAUAAACUGCCUUUGCAAACUGUUCUGAAGAUACGUUUAUGGGGAAACUUCCCACCUACCCCUCCCAUAAGCCAACAUUCACACUUACUUCUCACUUAGGGCAAAAUGUUGACUUAGGGGAGGGAUAGGUGGGUAAUAGUUAAGACUGAAGAAACAGAAGUCGGUUUGCAGAGGUUAGUCAUAACACCUUCACUAGUAUAUGAUGUCUAAUGCGUAUCUUUUGUUUCGAAUUAUCAGAGCCACAACAGAAACUUGUACCAUUGGAUAACGAAGAUCCUGUUCAAUUGUCGCCCACUAUCUCGGAACAAGAGAUGCAGCGUUCCCCUGGUAGAUGGCUGCAAAAUGGCCGCGAUCAGUCGUUUAACAGGUGGAAUGAGGAUGACAGAGGUCGACGUUACCAGGAUCAGUGGCAGAUAGAUGAAGAAAGAAGAAGAAGAGGAGCAGAAGAUGACAGACGACGGAUUGAGGAGCAGAGACGGCAAGUAGAGGAAGAGAGGUUGGAAGAGGAGCGCAUUAGAGCGGAGAUGGACAGGCGAUAUCGAGAAGAGGAGGAGAGGAGGCUUGAAGAUGAGCGGAGACGGGCUGAAGAACAAAGUCGGGUUGAAGAGGACAAGAGGAGACUGGAGGAGGAGAGGAGACUCGAGGAACAGCGAAGACGCCUCGAAGAACAACGACGGGUGGAGGAAGAACGACGACGUGCCGAAGAUGAAAGGAGACGCGCAGAAGAACAGAGGAAGAUAGACGAAGAACGCCGGCGCGAAGAAGAGCGGAGAAUCGAGGAGCAACGUCUGCGGGAAGAACGACGCCUUGCAGAAGAGCAGCGGAAACUGGACGAAGAACGCCGACGAGAAGAAGAACGAAGAUUGAACGAGCAGCGUCGGUUUACCGAAGAAAGGCGUCGACAGGACGUGGAACGUGAACGAGCCCAGGAUGCGCUGAAAAUUAUAGGAGAACAGCAACGACGACAAAAACCGAACAUUCAAGUUAAACCCGUCGUGACCCGACCUUCGUACAAAGUCCGCUUCGAGGCUGAAGAUCGGCAGAGGUCACCGCUGACCGUGAAAGUCGAUGAACCAGAAGUUGUCGCUCAGAGAAAAGACAAGUAUUUUGCCGCUGCCUUAUCGCCUGGUUCAUCAUCUCCCAGGAGAGAGUCCCCGAGGGAGGUUUGUAUUAACCUUAAAAGCUAAUAAUAUUAGAGAUGUGAUGCGUUACAGUCGGAGAUGUAAACCGACGACGGGGGUGAAAACGUUUCUUUAAACGCGAAUUCACGCUGUUUCAAAAUUCAACUCUCUUAUUUUUUUGUCGUUUAAUCUGUCAAAUGUUGGUGGAUUUUUCUUGGGUUUAAUUCUAUAGGACUGAAAAAAUAAACAGUUAGAAAAUCGUCUUGUGUUCACGCCCUCCAGAAAACGUGAAGUAGUUUAUUUUAGGGUUACAGGUGGAAACGAGGCUGGAGUUGACUUUGUUUUGAUGCAACCCUUCCUCCGUAUUAUGCAAAUCAUGUUGUUCUUUUGCAAACGAGUAUCUUUUAGUUUAAUUUUAAUAAGAAAGGAAAGGAGGUUGUAUCAAACAAGUUCAACUUCAGUCUCACGUUCACUCAGAGGCUAAGUUACCAAGCCCAUAACUAUAAAAUAAUCUAUGAGGCACUUGAAUUCGUGGUGCGUGUAACGACGGCAAAGAAAUGUACAAAAGAAUUUGUUGGGCAUGUGCAAAGUUCUUGUUUUGCUAAUAUAAACCUAUUGCUUUCUCCUAGGUACCGUUGUCUUCGUCGUUAAGCUCACUUUAAACCUUUUUUGCGUAUUGGUUUCAUUUACCCAAUUCAGACCAAUUUAUAUUCUCGAGGAAAUUUGCCUUUUGUCUGUUCAUUACGUUCAUUACUGAUUAGUUAUGUACACAUAUGUAUGUAGACAGCGCGACGUUUGAAAGAAAGUGUUCUCUGGGGUAACAUCACACGCACGGCAAAGGGAAAACAAAACAUACAAGCUAAGAAGGUCUAUUAUCAGCACUACGAUUAAUAUUAAAUCAAUGAAUUUGGUUUUUCUCCGUAGGACAAAUCUCCGGAAGAACCUCCGUCCAGUCCUAUCCGAAUAGACAGCCGUGACUCGCGCUCAGGCAGAUAUAUCAUGAUUACUCAGUCCCAGGCUGGUGCUGGUGGCACUCAACCUCUGCGGCCUGGGGAAAACGAGCCAGAUCGAAGAGGACGUGAUGCAACUGAUAACUGGAAACCAAGCGAGAAAGAGGAAUUUGCCCGCUGGCAGCGAGAAGAAGCUAAAAUUGCCGAGGAGCGGUUACAAAGGGAAGAGAAUGUACGUCGCGAACAGGAAGAGCGGGCAUGGCGAUUCCAUUUAGAAAAACAGAGAAGAGAUCAGGAGGAGCGCGGAAAAACAGAACGUGAAAGGCAAGAAUGGGAUCGCACACGUGCGGAGCGUGAGAGACAAGAACGUGAAGGUCCAGAAAGGGAUCGCCGAGACAGAGAGCGACAAGAACUUCUUCGCAUCGAGCGUGAACGCGCGGAACGUGAGCGAAUUGAAGAGGAGCGAAUUAUGAACCAGUUGCAAAAGGAGGAGUUGGACGAACAAAAGGAAAGAGAAGAUCAUUUAAAGCAACUGGAAGAAGAACAGUUAAAACAGCGAAAUUUGGAGCAAGCUCGAUUGAGGGGACUAUCUAGAAACAAAGGAAGCAAAGAAUUUUUGGAUUCCAUCGAGGCACUGUCUGCUGAUGAAGUUGAACGCGAAUUUCAGAGGCGCGUUGAGGAGGAUAAGAAAAGGAGGGAAUCGGCUGGUGUCAAAGAGGUUGGUAACUUCUUAUGAAUGCGUGACAUUUAUUAAGCACAAAGUAAAUCUAAGCCCCCGACGGAUCCGGGGGGGGCACUUCCUUAAAAGAGGCUAAUGGGGAUGUGCCGCUGGAUGGGGUCGCAUUUUCACAACUGGUGUGACUAUAAUGGGGUUGCAUUAUAAGUAGAGUUACUAGAAUGGAGUCGCACAUCUGAUUUUUGGGGUAAGAAAGUUCUUCAUAUUUAUGGAUAUUUAUGGUUAGCAGACGUACCAGAAUGUUGCAUUGUAGGUGAAAAGUAAAGUGUUCUACCUUCAAUUUAAAAAAUGGGUCAAUUCAUCUUAGGAUGACCUAUUUAAAAGAUUGUUAAGGUUAAGAUACUUAAAUAGAAAGUGACUAAGUUGGGAUCGUGAAAAUUACAUUUGCCCAAAAGUGACUAAGAUGGGGCCUAUAAUUGGCCACAGAACAGACUAUAAUGAAGAGGGUUCCGAGAUGCCAGGGGCAUGUACCCAGCAAAAAUUAACCCAAGUAACCUUUUCUUGUCUCGUCACGCAACGUGACAAAUGAGGUAGGAUCACUGCGUGACAAGACAAAAAACCGCUGCCUUAGAGAUUACGACGGAUACUCCUUCAACUUAAUUUCUCUAACGAAUAGAAAUCAGCCUUUCCAAGUUGCCCGAGAAACGGUUUUAUCUCUUUCCUUUGGUGUUCCGAAUUGCUGGAAUAUGUUUUGAGGUAUCACAAAUGAAAUUCGUCCCAAACUCCAAAAACACAGCAAUCAAGUCUACGCAUACUAGGCAGUGGUUGGUGUAUGCGUGAAAAAAUAAGAUCUUGCAUUAUAGUUCUUCUGCAGAUCACUUUGUGUUAGAUGAUUGUAUAUAAGUUUGGCGUACUUGGAAAAUAUGAUAAUAGAGAUAUUUAAACUGAGUCAUGUUGACGCCAAACGGUCAACGUGAAUUUGUACCGCGUGACCAAGUUUUUCCUUCGCUUGUCGUUUCGUUUACUGUUCAUUACUUCUUCUAAAAAAUCAGUAGUUUCACGCCAUCGCAUCCAUAAGAAUUGUUUUGAGCUGUUUUUAUGUGCUGAUUUCCUAUUUUGAGAAUUUCUCAACUAGAAUCUUAUAUUUAACGUUUUUCUUAAAGUGACUCUAAAUCUCUCCGUCAUUUAGAAAGUUCUUAUUAUAACUUUUCUUUUUGCCUUGCGUAACAAUUUAGAUUUUAAAUAAAUAAAUAAAAUGAAUUUAUAGACAGGAGCAAAAACAAGCGUAUGCUGAAUGUAAUGAAAUCCCUCCCACUCACUUCUCUUUGUUUGGGUUUGUUAACGCGCAAAUCCAUGUCCGUUUAGACUGAUGAAGUGUGUGUCUGUUACCAUAGGAGCGCACCGCGGGAGGUUUGGUGUCUGUAACACGUGUAAUGUACCACCCGCCUGACAAAGAGGAGAGAAUGGAACGAGGAAGGAAGAUUGAUCUGUUACUUGAUGAAACCAUGAAACGGGAGAGAGAGCGAAAAGAGGCCGAGAGAAGACGGCAACAAAAAGAUGACGAAGAGGAGCGACAGAGAAGGUGUGUAAAAUGAAAUGGAAAAUGUCGGGAAUGAGAGAAAAACAAAAGAGUCCACUUUAUAUACGUACCUUGUCAAGGCUGGCAAUUUCAUUUUGUACUUAUAACCAAUCACACGUCCUUUUUCGCUACGAAAAUUGAGAAAUUUCUUGUGAAUGCCAAAAUCACAGUUUCAUGUCACAUUAACCCUUAAAGCCCUAAGAGUGAUCAGCAUCAAAUUUCUCCUUGUAAUAUCAAUGCUUUGUAAAACUGUUUGAUCAUGAGAGUUAAGGACAUGAUCACACAAGAUGAAUUUGCGUGAUAUUUUAUUAACUUCUCCCCACUACUUCUUGAGGAAAUGGAUAGCGGCAACAAAGGAGAAUUCAAAUUUUGAUCUUAGGGAUUAAAGGGUUAAUAUGUCGCCCAGGAUUUAUUACAAACGUUACAAUAACAAAAAAUGAACUUUUGUACAGCUUGGCCCCCCAUAAGAAACCUAGAUUUAAGAUAUACCCGGUAGCACGCUAGGAAUUAAAUCAUUUUAACGAUGUCACAACACAUUCAAGGUCAAAAGUUUUCGUACAAUCAGCGAGAUUGUCAUUUGAUCAAUUUGCACAAUGUGUAUCACUCAAUAAUGUCUCACGUUUGUCAGAUCUGACUAUUGUCUGCUUGUUUGACGCUUGUAACUGUCGCGUGCAACCACGCUUACAAAGCCUGCUGUUUUGUGAAAACUGAUUCCUAAUAAGACCCUGAAGGAAAGGUGGAAAGAAUUUGCCUUUUAAAUUGUGACGUUGCUUCUCUUUUUCUUGUAGUGAGAGACAACAGCGUCGAAUUGAGCAGUUCGAGAUGGAGCGCGAGCAACAGAAAGAAUCUCAGCGGCGCAUCCAGGAGCAACGAGAAAGGGAGCAAGAAGAUUGGCUUAGACAGCAGCGAGAAAAGAGAGAGCAACAGAGAAUGGAACAGGAGAAACUACGUCUGGAGAAAAAGAUGCAAGAGGAAGAGGAACGUAACAAGAAACGGUUAGAGAUACAGCAGAGGCGCGAUCAAGAAGAGAGACUCCGGCGGGAGUCUCAAAAGCAGAAAGAAGAGCAAGAGCGUCUUCUUGCUGAGGAGCGACGAGAAACUGAAAGGCAGCGAGAUUUAGAGCGAAAGAGACAGCUUGAGGAACAGAAAAUAAUCCAGGAAAAGGAGGAACAAUUGCGGAAACAGCAGUUUGAAGAUCAGCGGUAUCAAGAGGACAGCACGCGGAAGAUUUCCACCGAGGAUCAUGUUAACGAACUCAAGAAUCGCGCUACGGCUGAUUACGAAAGAAGACGGAAACUGAUCGACGAAGAGAUAAAUCGGCGGCGUUCAGAACCGGUGUCAGUUCUUAAGAAUUCUAAUUCUGUAAAACCCAAGAAGCAAGUGUCCUUUUCCAAUGUGGCGACUGAAAUAAGGGAGCCUGCUUCCCCCACGUACGUGGUGGGCACACCGUCCGGUUACACCGCCAGAGUCACACCUGCCCCCAGCGUUAGGUACGUGAACACAAGAGCUCCAAGCGAUGCUGGGCCAGAUUCCGUUAGGCCACCACCUCCUGAUGAUGACGACGACGACCUUCCACCGCCUCCCCCACCGCCCCCGCCUCCAGAGGAGUUGUUGGACGACGAUAAUUUUCCUCCGCCUCCACCAGCCAAAUCAGCACAAAGUUUCGAGCGUUUCAACGCCCUCAGCGGCGAUAAAUCGCGUAGCUUAGGCGGGCACACCUCCCAGAUGACGUUUGCACCACAGGGACCUAGGAACACACGGGACUACCCCACACCGUACUCUAGUGCGGCAAUUCCGUAUCGUCAGCCUCCAAUUCCGUCAUCUGCGUAUCCCAGCUACGUCACGUUACCAAGGAAACCCCGUCCCGUGUCUUACCCAAAUGCUUGGGAGAUGGAUGAACAAGGCCCUCCCCCUGUAAGGUACGGCUCACAGGAUAACAUUUUGGACGGACCUCAGUCUCGCCCCCAGCCCCAGUAUGCUCCGAAGCCAGCGCGGUUGGAUAAUGACGACUUGAAUGGGUCAGAGAUCGCUCGCGGGCGCCUGGCGAGGAUGUCUUUGACGGACGAGGAGAAAUCCGAAAAUCAGUUUGUUUCUAAAAAACCUGAGAAUCUACACUUCAGGGACAAACUCAAAAUGUUUAACAAAGAAAGUCCGGAGGAGAAAAUCAGAACAUCGCGGUGGCAACAAGGACAGAUGGCACAGUUGAAUGGAAAUAUAACUUCUCCUUGAUAAUACCUAAUGAUAUUCUUGCAACCCGCAGUGUUUUCCCCAUAUGAACUUCUCACACGGGCAGCAUUGCGUCUUGUAAUUAUGUAAACGUCAGGAACAAAAAUACCAGCGUUUCAGUUGACGCUUUUUGUACCACGAUUUCCUUCGAUCGCACUGCCAUAUACGUGGGGCUAAAGCUGAUGCCAAAUCAACACCGAUGGAAAAUAUUUACUGCUUUAACAAUAUGACGAGUCACAUCAGAUAGUGCCUCGCAGGAUUUGAUGUGAAUAUUAUAAUAGGAAACAUCUUAAUCUGUAAUCGGUUUUUUUUUGGUGCGCCUUGUUUUUAUUAUUGUACAAAACGAAAUUUUGCUUUUUUCCUGAGACGAAAUUUAGUAAACUCAAGGUAGUAAACAGACCAUAUUACACUGGAUCGCGUUUUCAAUAUAAAGGCAGAUAUAUCAAAUGAUUCACCGCUAACCGCUAAAAUACUCUCGCAGUAAGUUUCUUUUCUUCAGCAGAAAAUUUAUUUACGUUUUACGUGAAAAAUAUUUUAAAUGUGACAGCAAGAUGUCUAAAGGAACGUGCUUAACAAGCUGUCCGCCGCUUUUUCAUUUAUUAUAGUCAAAAUGGUUAUAAGAAAGCUGACCUUACCUUGCAGUUGUGAAAAAGAAUCAAAAUUUUUAGUUAGC